GGCGCGCCCCUCUCCAAGGCAGCGGAUCUCAGCCCAAUUUGAGCAUGGAGAUUUCUUCCCACCAGUUUCACCUCCUGCAGCAGUUAAAUGAACAGCGCAGGCAGGAGCUGUUCUGCGACUGCAGCAUUUUGGUUGAGGGGAAAGUCUUCAAAGCCCACCGGAAUGUGCUCUUUGCCAGCAGUGGCUACUUCAAAAUGCUCCUUUCCCAGUGCUCGAAGGAAGCCAGCCAGCCCACGACAGCCACCUUCCAGGCCUUUUCUCCUGAAACGUUUUCCGUUAUCCUGGACUUUGUGUACUCGGGCAAACUCUCCCUUACCGGGCAAAACGUGAUCGAGGUCAUGUCGGCGGCCAGCUACCUGCAAAUGACCGACGUCAUUAGCGUUUGUAAGACGUUCAUUAAAUCUUCCUUGGACAUCAGUGAGAAGGAAAAGGAUCGAUAUUUCAGUCUCUCGGACAAGGAAGUGAACUCCAAUGGCGUGGAACGUUUGUGCCUGUACGGGCCUGGCUGGAAGGUAGAGAGCAGCCCGCCCCACGCCCACUUAAGCCCAGAUCAAGGGACAUGUAUAGUCAGUGGGAAUUCGUGGAGCAAUUUCAGCUACUACCCGUCUGCUCAGCGGAAUGCCCAGCAGCUGUCCAAACAGGACCAAUGGCAGGAUUCCAUGAAGAAGAGCAGCCGCCAUAUAGGAUUGCCGCAGCCCGCGGACAUCCCUCACUAUAAAUCGAGCAAGCUGGAAGAGCGAGCUUCAGAACCUGCAAGCCACGUUCCUGCCUCGGAAGAGGAUGUCCAGAUUGAUUCAGAAGGGGAUUCUGGCCACAGUGGCUAUCAGUACAGUGCAGGACCUGACGCCCUCCCGAGGGGCUUGGCAAUGUCGCAGCAAGAGCACGAGUCCCCCCAUUCUGCUGGCAAGUUGAAAUCACCCAAGGGGGAUGAGCAAUAUCCUAGCAUGCACUCGGUAUUGGGAGUAAUGGGGAGCUGGGCUGACGAUGAUCUGCCCAGGAUGAGAUUCAAGUGCCCCUUUUGUACUCAUGUGGUGAAACGGAAAGCAGACCUGAAGCGCCACCUUCGCUGCCACACGGGAGAAAGGCCUUACCCCUGCGAAGCGUGUGGGAAGCGGUUCAGCAGGCUGGACCACUUGAGCAGCCACUUCCGGACAAUCCACCAAGCUUGCAAACCCAUCUGCCGAAAAUGCAAGCGUCACGUGACUGAAAUGACCGGGCAGGUGGUCCAGGAAGGAACAAGACGGUACAGACUUUGCAACGAAUGCCUGUCCGAAGCAGGCAUUGACAGCAUCCGCAUCGACCUGGACACGGAGCCACCGCCUGAGUUCCCACUGGAAGAAGACAAGGAAUCCAGCUGGAAUUACGGGGACGACAACAAGUCGGACAUCGAGAUUGUUGAGGACGGAUCGACUGACUUGGUCAUCCAGCAAGUCGAUGACAGCGAUGAUGAAGCAGAAGAAAAGGAUAUAAAAUCAAACACUAGCUAGUUAUGAAUGAACUGAUGAAAGC